AUGCAACCUGAUGAAUCUGUGCUAUCAAAUUUAAAAAAAUGCAUUUCCCUUCGAGAAAAAUAUAUCAAUUCAUCGAUUCAAUCUCCAUUUGAAAAUCCACAAAACAUUGCAAAUUGUGUCUCUGAUCCGCCUAAAAUUGCUGAAGAGGAUCUUUCAUAUUAUCACAAAGAUCAUUCGCACCCUUUUUUUAGCAAUUUGGCAGACUCAGAUGACAUCCAUUGUCCCAAAAAUGUUGGGCGAGCCUAUCAUUUAAAUUCGUAUAGGCUAAGGUCGUGUUUUAUACCGCCUUCAAAUGAUCAUUCGUUUGAAUUGGGGGAUGAUGGAGUAUUCAAGGUCUACAAUGGGCCCUGCUUACAAGACGACGCUCCGUCGCCAAUAUUUUUUUCGCCAUCAAUCAAAGAGUUCUUCCAAGAUUUAGAGUUUCUGUUGGCUGUCAUUCAUGAUGGACCUACAAAAUCUCUUUGCUUUAAAAGGCUAAAAUACCUGGAUGCUUCUUUUGGCAUUUACCUGCUGCUCAAUGAGAUGAAUGAGGUUCAAGAGCAAAAGGAUGUUGUAAUCCAGCGAGAUGGGGCUUUUCUGACUCUUCAAGAGGUUUUUCAGUCCCUAAAUUUGACCGCCCACGACUUGAGCAUUGAUACUCUAAAUAUGCACGCGCACAAGGAUAGCUUUCACCGGUUUGAUAAUUUCAACCUGAAAUAUAACCCAAUGGGAGAGUCUCGUUUGAGAGAAAUUUUUCUGAAAACCGACAAUUUAAUCGAAGGCCGCUAUCUCAGUGAAUUGACCAAAGAAGUUUUGUCCGACUUGGAGGCGAACAAGUACCAAAUGGCUGAAUACCGCAUCUCCAUAUACGGCCGGUCUCCCGAUGAAUGGGAUAAGCUUUCAAAAUGGAUAUGCGACAAUCAGAUUUUCUCGGAUACCGUUCGAUGGGUGAUACAGCUUCCGCGUUUGUACAAUGUAUACAAAGCCUCGGGCUUGAUCUCUUCAUUUGCCGAUUUUUUGGACAACAUUUUCCGGCCGCUAUUCCAAGUUACCAAGGACCCAUCUUCAAAUCCAAAGCUUCAUAUUUUCCUUCAACGUGUUGUUGCCUUUGACAGCGUUGACGACGAAUCCAAGGUUGACAAGCGAAUCCAUAAGAAAUUUCCAAGUCCAAGAAAUUGGAAUGCAGCUCAAAACCCCCCAUAUUCUUACUAUCUGUACUACAUAUAUGCCAACUUGACGAUUUUAAACCAGUAUCGCAAGAAAUACAACAUGAGCGAAGCUGGAGACCCGGAGCACCUGGCCGCUGCAUUUCUGACAUCAUAUAACAUAUCUCAUGGAAUACUAUUGAGAAAAGUCCCUGCUCUUCAAUAUUUAUUUUACCUAAUGCAGAUAGGCAUAGCAAUGUCACCGCUGUCAAACAAUGCUCUUUUCUUGAACUUUGAUAGAAAUCCAUUUCCACAUUAUUUCAGGAUCGGAAUGAACGUCUCGCUAUCGACCGAUGAUCCCCUGCAAUUCCACUUUACAAAAGAGCCGCUAAUUGAGGAGUAUAGUGUUGCAGCACAGAUUUGGAAAUUAUCGCCAACCGAUAUGUGCGAGAUAAGUCGAAAUAGCGUUUUGCAAAGCGGCUUUGAAAUUUGUUUGAAAAAACUGUGGCUUGGAAACAUGUGCAUGGUAGACGGACCAAUUUCUAACGACAUGAAAAAAAGCAAUAUUCCCGAUCUCCGAAUCAAUUAUCGCUGUGAUAUGCUGUCCAGAGAACGGCUCUGGGUUUCCUCUUUGGGAAAAUCUUCCUUCUACUCUUCAGUAUUGUCUAGCAUUUUGACCACCCUUGCGCCCAUAAGUACCACUUCGGCCAACACCAUGGGGGAGCUAGACAAACUUGAGGAUGACGCAAAUUUUGAAUAA